CCCAGAAUGGUUAACAGCAAAGACAUCACACAAAAACACAAUAAUCAAUGCUCCUCCAGCACCAAAGCCAACCGAGGCUGUUGGGUGUUGGGGCUCCCGGCGCUUCCUCUCCACCGCAACGACCAUAAAAUCACCAUCUGCUUUCUAGUUUCUUCCUGAGGUUUUUGCGUGACAAAGGCAACGACCAGGAUAGAUUUUGCGGUUUCGGAUGAAAAAGACGGCACUACUCAGCAAGUGUUCUGCUCUUGGAGUCGCAACCACGCGGCUGUUCUUUCGUUCUUAACGACGCAACUCGCGGAUCUUGGUGGAGCGCUGUUCUUGUAUGGCUUUCACUUUGUGAGGUAAAGGGUAAUACUACUGAGGAAGCAAAAAGGUUGGAUCUUUCUCCAAGAUUCAAGAAACAUGUUCAUGGAUUCUGGUUCUUAUGAUGAUGUUGACUAUGGGGAUUUGUUCUCCAUUCCCAAUCCACCUGCGCCUCACUUGCUUAAUUUCCCCCUUCAAUUCUUUCCUUCCAACGGAUUCCCCAUCUCCACUGGUGAUUCGCAUCCAUCACCGGCUGGUCUGUUUGGAUCCACCCCAAGCCCCACAUCAACCACAACCGAGCUGGAAAAUUCAGAGGAUCUUGAGUCUGCCGAUGAUGCAGUACUAGCAUACAUCAAUCAGUUUCUUCUUGAAGAUGAGGAAGACGAGUCUUGCCCUGGCACCGUCGCAUCGGUGGAGGACCCAGUCCUCCUCACCGUCGAGAAGCCAUUCGUUGACAUCCUCACGGCUAGCAACGAGGCGUGUCAGGAGAACUCGUGGAUAGAUUCUUGCUGUGAUUUCACGGGGAAUGGAGGGCUGUUUGAUAUGCUUACAAGCACACAGACCACUUGCCAGACAGUGCCCUGUGAAUUUCAGGAGGAGAAGGGAGAGUGUGCUGUUCACAAAGGCCGGAAGAACCCGCAUGAUGACUGUCUACUCUUCGAGGAAGCGAGCAGGAGCAAGCAGUUGGCAGUGUCUGAGGAGGAGGCUAUCAGAGAGAUGUUUGACAAGGUGCUCUUGUGCAAUGGUGAAUGCGAGCUCCGGUCUCCACUGCCAGCUGAAGCGCGAAGCUGUGGAGUGUACGUGAAAGGAUCAGGGAAUAAGAGAGGUCGAAAGAGAGGAAAAUCCGGAGCAGCUCCGGAGGAUGAUGCGGUCGAUCUCACAACCCUACUCAUACAUUGUGCACAGGCCACUGCCAUCGAUGAUCAUCGGAACUCCAACGAGUUGCUCAAACAAAUUCGGCAGCGUUCUUCUGCAUAUGGAGACGCUGGGCAGAGAUUGGCACAUUGCUUUGCUAAUGCGUUGGAGGCUCGCCUAGCAGGCACUGGCAGCAGCAUUUAUCGUACGCUUGCUGCGAAGCGAACUUCUGUUGCUGAUAUACUGAACGCAUUCAAGCUGUAUGUUACAGCUUGCCCGUUCAAGAAAAUAUCAAACUUCUUCUCGAUUGAAGCCAUCUUGAACGCGUCCAAGGGUGUGGCAAGGUUGCACAUUGUUGACUACGGUAUACAGUAUGGAUUCCAGUGGCCAAUCUUCUUCCAGCGGAUCUCGAAGAGGCCUGGUGGCCCUCCAAGCGUUCGGAUCACCGGUAUCGACUUACCCCAGCCGGGAUUCCGCCCUGCACAACUCAUAGAAGCGACAGGGCAUCGGUUGCAUGACUAUGCCCGUAUGUUCAACGUUCCAUUCGAAUACCAUGCCAUUGCUGCCAAGUGGGACACUAUCCGUGUCGAAGAUAUUAAGAUAGACAAGGAUGAACUUCUUGUUGUUAACUGCCUUUUCCGGAUGAGGAACAUGAUGGACGAAAUGGUGACAGAUGACAGCCCAAGAAUUCAGGUUCUGAAGACGAUAAGGAAGAUGAAUCCACAUUUGUUCAUCCAUGGUGUUGUCAAUGGCACCUACAACGCGCCCUUCUUCGUGACACGCUUCAAGGAGGCCCUGUUCUACUACUCUUCACUCUUUGAUAUGCUUGAAACGACUGCUUCACGGGUCGAUGAAAACAGGCUGCUGAUCGAAAGAGAUCUCUUCGGACGGGAAGCUCUUAAUGUGGUUGCUUGUGAGGGCACUGAGAGAGUUGAAAGGCCAGAGACUUACAAACAAUGGCAGGUAAGGAACAUCAGGGCAGGCUUCAAGCAGCUACCACUGAACCAAGAGACGGUGAAGAAGGCAAGAUACAAGGUGAGUAAGUCCUAUCACAGGGAUUUCCUGGUUGAUGAAGAUAACAAAUGGAUGCUGCAAGGUUGGAAGGGGCGUAUCAUCUUUGCUCUUUCAACAUGGGAACCUAACUAGUAGACUGUAAAUAUCACUAACUGAGCUGAUUUCUUCUGUGGAGAUACCACUCCAUUAUUUGAUUAUGUCUGAUGCUUAUUUUAAUGAAUUUUGACCUAUUUCUGUGCAACAGAAGAUAUUGAGUUCUGACUG